GUGACGUCAUUAUUUUUGCACGUUUAGCCUCGUGUAUUAUUAUUUUUUUUAACAGUAACAUUAAUGUUUUCUGAGUAAUAUUUAAUCAUGUUGGUUCAGAUAGGUUUGUUAUCUCGACGUGUUGGUGCUGUAGUGACAACGAUGCGUAAAAUAACCCUGGAGACUCCAAAUGGAUAUAAACACACGACCUUGGUGAGAACAUCAACAUUUCAGAGUGUAACAAACUUUCACACUUCUGUUUGUCAGGGUCGCGAUCUGCUGAAGAAGAUGUUCACUAACAAGAGGAAGAAAAAGUGGUAUGAAACUCCUCAGGUGUUUCAGUCCAUAAUCACAGAUCAGUCUGGAUUCACUAAACCUGCCAAGAAAAGAAGCAUGGAGGACAGUUUACGUGUGAGAACCCUGAACACGAUCCUGUAUAAGUCCAUCUCAGACCUGCUGUCAUCUCAUCAGGUUAAUGCACAGCUACCUGGCUACAACGUGGAGAUCACUAAAGUUUCAUUGCUAGCAGAUUACUCUGUUUGUCGGAUCUACUGGAAGACAAGUUUGUCCUCUGAAAGAGACAGUGAGAUUCAGCAGAAUUUGGACAAAUGUGCCCCAAGAAUACGAUACCUCCUCACCUCACAGCAGAUCUUGGGCAGUGUUCCUCCAUUAGUUUUUGUACUAGAUAAACAGUAUGCAGCUCUGAAAGAGGUGGAAGAUCUUCUGAAGAUGGCUGAUUUUGGCCCAGUUGAUGACUCAGAGAAGCUUGUCCUUAAUGAGAAAGAUGACGAGACGAGCGUGCACACGGCGGAGAGCAAGAGAGUCGUGUUUGGCGUCGAUCGUGAUGCGCUCUAUAAACAGAUCGAGGACUAUAAACAGCGGUCAAAAGACUCUAGCUCACAGAUCAGCUGCUCGGCCUCUCUAACUCAAGAGCAGCUACAGAUGUUAGCAGAGAUCAGGAAGCAGAAGCUGAUUGAGAAAAAGAAGCGCAAAGCGAAGAAGAUGAAAGAUGAUGACAUCACACCCAAAGAGUUCCUGCUCAUGAGGCAAGUUCAGAAAGACCAGGAUGAGCAGUAGGACACUGAGCACGACUCUGAGAGCAGUCGGGCCUCGGCGGACAUGACAAACACGAGCAGUGACAGAGAAUUUUAUCUUGAUUUGAUUUCAAGUUGAUACAAAGAACUGUUUUCUAUUGUGUGAUAUUUGUUACAUCUGUGACAUUUCCUCAUUUUAGCAAGAAUUUUGGUCUGUUUACUUCAUUAUAUUAUAUAAGGAGCAAGCCUGAAAAUCGAUCUGAAGAGAGGAACCAGGGAGACACCAGAGAGUGUGAUUUAUAAAUGAUUGUUCUUUCUCCAGCUGUGUAUUGUCUAAUUCAGUUUGAUUAGGAGCUUUUGAGCAACUUAUAAAUCAGCAUUAAAAAAUAAACACUUAUCGUAAAGUAUAAAUAAAAGAAGUGAGAUGCUUUACAAAAGAUAUUUAAGCACAAUCAAUUUCAAAUGAUUGUGAUCAAAUUGUACUUGUAAUAUUUAUACUAAUGCUACAUCAUAGAUGAGUUAUUAAAAAAGUUCAGAUCAUUCGAAAACAAUUAUUGCUCAGUUAGCUAGCAGUGAUGGUCUAGCACCUGGCUAUUCAGCUAUCAGAGAUGGUCUAGCACCGGGCUAUUCAGCUAGCAGAGAUGGUCUAGCACCGGGCUAUUCAGCUAGCAGAGAUGGUCUAGCACCGGGCUAUUCAGCUAGCAGAGAUGGUCUAGCACCUGGCUAUUCAGCUAGCAGAGAUGGUCUAGCACCGGGCUAUUCAGCUAGCAGAGAUGGUCUAGCACCGGGCUAUUCAGCUAGCAGAGAUGGUCUAGCACCGGGCUAUUCAGCUAGCAGUGAUGGUCUGUCGGCUUACCACCGUCGUAUGUUGCUCAGGUUUGCAGACUGUGGAGUGGUGGGACGCUUUACAUCCCUGGAAGCCCUCAUGUCUGUGUCCCCUUCUGGCUCUAGCCUUUUAGUUAUGCUGUCAUAGCUAGUCUUGCAGGAGUCCCUGUCUGCACUUUGCAUAUAAUUUACAUAUACAUAUAUAUAUUUAUUUACGUUUUCAGCAUUUAGCAGACACCAACUUACAUUUUAUCUUAUACAACUGAGCAAUUGAGGGUUAAGGGCCUUGCUCAGGGGCCCAGCAGUGGCAGUUUGGUGGACGUAGGAAUCGAACUCACAACCUUCCGAUUGGUAGCCUAACACCUUAACCACUAGGCUACCACAUCCCUACAUAUCCCUAUACUGUAUUUAUAUGCCACUCCUGAGCUCCCAGUGUUUUGAGUUCCUAGCCUGAUCAUCUCAUGGAGCUAAUCCUGAUGUUCUACCCCUGGUUGGAGUCUCGUCGCCUGGUGGUCACCCUGCCAGGGGUUUGAUCUACAUGGACAACCAAUGACUCAUGGGAUUGUUUUUGAUGGAGCCACCUGGAAACUGUCAUGCCUUCUUUGAACCAAUGUUGUGUCAAUCAGCUGUAUGGUCUGGUCUUUAUCAGCAAUCAGGUCUGUGAUGAACUCAAGAGUUUGCGAUGAUCCAUUAGUUCCUCAGGAGCUCUCGGCUGUUGCAGAAAGGACAUUAUUUACAUUUACAUUAUUUACUGUAGAGUGUCAACCAAAUGAGGAUGAGGUUCCCUUCUGAGCCUGGUUCCUCUCAAGGUUUCCUCCUCAUAUCAUCUCCUUUUAUUUUUCCUUGCUGCCGCCGCCUCCGGCUUGCUCAUUAGGAAU